AAGAAGCUGCUGCUGCUGCUAUCAUAAUGGCAUGCGUCUAUGAAAUGGACAGGGUUGCUGCUUCUUGGUCCUUUCCUUCUUGCAGCUUAUCCCACGGACCCAAAUCCAUGUCCUUCAUUCUUCCGCGGGAGUUGGCGUCUGAUAGGAUCAGCUAUGGGGAACUGCUUCCAAAAACCUGCCAAGUGUGCCCAUGCUUCUUCUACCAAUUUUCCUGAAAGUACAAAGCCUGAUUGUAAGGCAAAGCAGGAUUCCAAAACUUCCAGCGAGCAAGCAACUUUGGGAAGUUUGAACCCAUCUUCUAUAACAUCCAAUGGUGAUGCAUCUCUUUCCAACAAGCUCAAGUCCUUUAGCUACAAUGAUCUCAAGAAUGCCACCAAGAAUUUCCGCUCAGAAAGCUUACUUGGAGAGGGAGGCUUUGGGUGCGUCUUCAAAGGAUGGAUUGAUGGGAACACUUUAGCUCCCACUAAACCAGGAACUGGGAUAGUAGUGGCAAUAAAGCGUCUCAAGCCAGAAAGCUUUCAAGGCCACAAGGAAUGGCUUGCAGAAGUUAAUUAUCUAAGUCAGCUGCACCAUGAAAAUCUUGUGAAACUCAUUGGUUAUUGCUCGGAAUCUGAGAAUAGGCUCCUUGUGUAUGAAUUUAUGCCAAAAGGAAGCUUGGAGAAUCAUUUAUUUAGAAAAGGUGUUCAACCUAUUGAUUGGGCUACACGAAUGAAUAUUGCCAUUGGUGUUGCACGAGGGCUGUCCUUCUUACACAGUUUAGAUGCCAAUGUAAUCUACCGUGAUCUAAAGGCUUCCAACAUUCUACUCGAUUCGGAUUUCAAUGCAAAGCUUUCAGAUUUUGGCUUAGCAAGGGAUGGGCCAACUGGAGAUAAUACUCAUGUUUCAACCAGAGUAGUGGGAACUCAGGGAUAUGCUGCCCCUGAAUAUGUAGCUACAGGUCACUUGACACCAAAGAGUGAUGUGUACAGCUUCGGCGUGGUGCUAUUAGAGUUAUUAUCAGGAAGACGGGCCAUGGGUGAUGAUAAAGUUGGGUUUGUGGAGGAAACCCUGGUGGAUUGGGCAAAACCAUUUUUGGGUGACAGCAGACGAGUGUUGAGGAUUAUGGAUACGAGGUUGGGCGGUCAGUACUCCAAGAAAGGAGCACAGGCUGCAGCUGCACUUGCUUUACAAUGCCUUCACACAGAUCCCAAGAACAGGCUUCCCAUGGUUGAUGUUCUAGCCGCCUUACAACUGCUCCCCACAUCAAAUGUUGUUCCCAGGACCACCAAAGCUACGCCCGACCAUCAUAGGGUUAAGCAUUUGUCUCACUCCCGCUAGACAUACAACUCCGUUUGUUAAUGCUUUUUAUAGGGUUUUUUUUUUUUUUUUUUUUUUUUUUUUUUUUUAAUUUAUUUAUUGAAAGUGCUCUGAUGUGACAUAAAAAUGAAAAUAGGUUUGAGCGGUUUGUGAGUCCUUUAUGUUUUGGAAAGGAGAAAACUAAAGGAAGAAGAAAAAAAUGAUUAUAGUUUUGAUCCUCUUUCUUCCUUAACACGUUAAGAGGAGGACAAGGAGGUGUCGAUGAUGACAAUGGGCAUGCUUGAAAUCUUGUUAUCACUUUAAUUAAUAGAUCUGAUUUAAUAUAAUGGGAAUGUGAUUUGUUGAACUCAA